AUGAAAUAUUUUUCUCAGUUGAUUGUACUAAAACCAACUGAACAAACACCACUUAGUGCACUUUAUUGUGUUGCUCUUAUCAAAGAGGUUGGAAAAAAAAUACAAGAAGCAACAACUAAAUUAAAUCUUAAAUGUGUUACAUUUGAACUUGAAUGUAGUGGUAAACGAGUUGAUAAUAAAGAUUAUUUUAUCAAAGCAACUAUUUUUAGUGAUGUAAAAGAUGAUAUGCAAAUUACUCGUGAAGAGACUAUAUGUGAUCAAGCACUAUUUGAUGGCUUUAAAGAAUCAGGUCAGGAAAAAGAAUUAGGUCGAUAUCGUCUCGAAGCAUAUUAUCAAAGUGAUCCUGAUAAAGCAAUUGAAACUGCUGAAAAAGGCUUCCAAUAUGAUCUGCCAUGGCGUAAGUUAGAUCCUGCUGUACGUGCUCAAUUAAUUCAUAAACUUGCUUAUUUACUUCCGCAUGUUGUGAAUUAUUUAGCAACUGGUUUUCCACUAGGUAUUGUUAACAGUGUACCAGCCGAUGUUCCUGUUCGAACUACUCAUAGAGCAGUGUUCACUCAUGCAGGUCAAGUAUGUUUUGCUGCAUCAAGAAUAUUUGUUCAUUCCACACUUCACGAUGCCUUUGUGUCCAAAAGUGUCGAAUUAGCAAAGAAACGUAUCGUUGAUGAUCCAUUUAAUUCUACAACUGAACAAGGACCAUAG